AUGUGGAACUACUUGUUUGGGGGUAAUGCCCAGCAGAAGAAGGACCGGCCCAAAAAGGCCAUUGUCCAGCUCAGAGAGCAGAUCCAGAUCCUCCACAAGAAGCGCGCCCACCUCGAGCUGCAGAUGGCCGACCAGGACGCCAUUGCCCGCAAAAACAUCACCCUGAACAAGACGGUGGCCAAAAACGCCUUGAAGCGGAAGAAGGGGUACGAGGCCCAGUUGGAGAAGUUGGAGAACCAGAUACAGCUGUUGGAGAACCAGCUCAACACCAUCGAGGGCGCCAACCUCAACCUCGAAACCAUGCGGGCCAUGAAGGAAGGGGCGGCGGCGAUGAAGCAGAUCCACGGCGAGUACAACGUCGACAAGGUCGAAGACACGAUGGAGGAGAUCCGCGAGCAGGUCGAGUUGGCGGACGAGAUCUCGGAGGCGAUCCUGCGCCCCGUCGGCGGCGAGUAUAUCGACGAGGACGAGUUGGACGAGGAGUUGGCGGAGUUGCAGCGCGAAGAGGCCGAGCGCGCGGCGCCGGCCAAGGCCGAGCCCGUCGCCAAAAAGCAACCCCCGGCGGCGUUGCCCCACUUCCCCGACGUCAACAAGGGGGAGCUCGUGCUGCCCGAGGCGGCCGAGGAGGACGACGAGGACGAGCGCGCGUUGCAGGAGUUGAAGGCGUCAAUGGGACUUUAG